AUGAAUGGAGUUGAUUGGCCUAACCCUGCUGCAAAUUUAUCCACUGUUGAGCAACAGAUAAAGAAAAUUUUAGCAGACACAGGUGUUAAUGUACCAAGCCUUGAUGUUGAUGGAGACUCUCCGGCUAAACUUCCUUUGCCUUUGGCAGCUUUGGUAAGCCUGUCCAUAACAUACAAAUUUGACAAAGGCAGAGGGAGAUUCCUUAUCCUGAUUGCCCCAGUUCUUACUGCCGUUGCUUCUGGUUGCCCCUGGCCCUGCAUGCCCGUAUUAACUUCUCUGUGGACCCAAAAAGUGAGGCGUUGGAGUGAUUACUUUGUGCUCCGUGCUUCCGGAACUGUCUUCCACCACAAUAGAGAUGCUGUAGUUCAACUGCUAAAAAGUUGCUUCAAGUCUACUCUUGGAUUUGGCACUACAUCUAUGAGUAAUGAUGGUGGUGUUGGUGCUCUUCUUGGUCAUGGCCUUCCUUUCCAAGUUGCCAGUGGGGCUUCUCCAGUUGCUCCAGGGAUUCUUUACUUAAAAGUGUACCGGUCUAUUGGAGAUAUCACAUUUUUGAACAAAGCAAUCAUGUCCGUUCUAAUGCUUUCAGUUAGAGACUUGGUACGUAGUGAGUUAUCUAAAGGCAUUGUAAGGAAAACCAAAUAUGGAAUGAAAUGUGGACAGUUUUCUUUUUUCAGAUACAUGGCAUGUGCCAAGCAUGCUGCAUUACUCGGGGCUUCUUUGAUUUGGAUAUCAGGUGGUCAAAAAUUAGUUCAAUCAUUGAUAAUAGAUACCGUUACUUCCUGGUUUUUAUCAGCUAAUAAGUUGGAGCAUAAUGGUGAACAACCUGGAGCUCUGGUUGCCAGGCUUAGCGGCCAUGCACUGGCGUAUUUUGUUAUGCUUAGUGCGGCAUUUGCCUGGGAUAUUGACCAUUACUCAGUUCCACCAAACCAACGGGCAUUGGUUAUUGGGGUGCAUUUAGAAUUCCUUGCAACCAUCCUGGAGAAGAAUGCAUCACUAUGUUGCCAUCGUGCUACUUGGCGAGCCUAUGUUUCAGGUUUUUUGAAGUUGAUGGUGGGUUGCACUCCAAGGUGGGUCCAAGAAGUUGAUGUGAAAUUGUUGAAGAGACUGAGCAAGGGAUUAAGAGGAUUGAAUGAAGAUGAGUUGGCUCUUCGCCUUUUGGAAGCUGGAGGGAUAGACGUCAUGGGUGCGGCAGCUGAAAUGAUAAUUGUACGUAGGUUGUAA